AAAGGCGAAUACCCAGACCAGCCACAUCGGGGAAUACGCGAUAUACGCGCAACUUGUUAUAUUUAUCGCAACAAUAAACAAAGCGGCGCUGCUGUCGCUUCGGCACGAGACAGAGGCGAUACCGAAAUGGAAACUUCGGGCGCCGCCAGCAUGGCAGUCAUCUCCAGCCUGCUGGUGUUCUUCGCAAUCUCCACCACUCUUUGCUCAGCGGGUACGUUCAACGCCCGUCCCGCCUUCCCCGUUCAAACCGGACAAAUCCAGCCCUCUGCUGAGAACAGCAAGCAGCCCGGCAGACGCAUAAUGAAUCCAGCCUUUGCCAACGCCGGCCGCACACCUGGCCUGGAGAUCUGGCGCAUUGAGAAUUUCGAGCCGGUGGCCUACCCAAAGAAUAACUUUGGGAAAUUCUACACCGGAGAUUCCUUCAUUGUGCUGAAUACCAUUGAAAGCAAGAAAGAUAAGAAACUUUCCUGGGAUGUGCACUUCUGGUUAGGCUCCGAAACAUCGACCGAUGAGGCUGGGGCUGCUGCCAUCCUUACCGUCCAACUGGAUGACCUUUUGAAUGGCGGCCCUGUACAGCAUCGCGAGGUGCAGGAUCACGAAUCGCAGCUGUUCCUGGGAUACUUUAAGAAUGGCGUUCGAUACGAGCAGGGCGGUGUUGGAACCGGCUUCAAGCACGUAGAGACCAACGCCCAGGGGCAGAAGCGUCUGUUCCAGGUCAAGGGCAAGCGGAACGUGCGUGUGCGACAGGUGAAUCUGUCCGUGUCCUCGAUGAAUCAGGGCGACUGUUUCAUCUUGGAUGCUGGUAGCGAUAUCUACGUCUACGUGGGAUCGCAGGCCAAGCGCGUUGAGAAGCUGAAGGCCAUCAGUGCUGCGAAUCAAAUCAGAGAUCAGGACCACAAUGGACGUGCCCGUGUGCAAAUAAUAGAUGACUUCAGCACCGAUACAGACAAGCAGCAGUUCUUUGAUGUGCUCGGAUCUGGCUCGGCCGACCAGGUUCCCGAGGAAUCUACCGCAGAGGAGGACAGUGCAUUUGAGCGAGCUGACGCUGCCGCCGUGACCCUCUACAAGGUGAGCGAUGCCAGCGGCAAAUUACAAGUGGAUACCGUUGCGCAGAAACCUUUGACUCAGGCCAUGCUGGACACACGUGACUGCUUCAUUUUGGACACUGGCUCUGGCAUUUUCGUGUGGGUUGGCAGAGGCGCCACUCCAAAGGAGAAAACCGACGCCAUGGCCAAGGCCCAAGAGUUCCUCCGCACCAAAAAGUAUCCUGCCUGGACACAGAUCCAGCGCAUUGUCGAGGGCGCCGAGUCCGCACCAUUCAAACAGUACUUUGCCACCUGGCGCGAUGCCGGCAUGGCGCACACACGCCUCAUUCGAUCCGCUCUGGAUAUCGGCUCAGACGAGUCGCUGGAUGUGGACGAGAUCGACGCUGUGGUGCACAAACUGAAGAGGAGUGGUGGACGGGCCAUUGGUUUUAUGCCGGACCACGGACAGAACAGCAUUGAGAGCAUCACGCAGUACGUCAGCAAACCAAAUUCGGGUGAGGUCCUGGUCAACACUGUCCCCUUCGAGGAGAACCUUCCGCUUCUGGGCUUUGGGUCUUAUAUCCUCACCUAUAACUACGAGGCCAACAAUGGCGACCAGGGCCCCAUCGUUUACGUGUGGCAGGGAGCCAAGGCCAACGCCGCUGUUAAGGAGAGAGCCUUCCAGGACGGCCUCAGUAUGGCUGUGGAGAAGAACGCCCUGCUGGUGCUGACCUCACAAAGCCACGAGCCGCGGCACUUCUAUAAAAUCUUCAAGGGUAAGCUUUUGGCCUCGUACACCGCCUUGCCAGUGACGGCGCAGCUGUUCCGCAUCCGAGGCACCGUCGAGAGCGAUAUCCAUGCUAGCGAAGUGCCCGCCGAUAGCUCUUCAUUGGCCUCUGGGGACGCUUUCGCUCUCGUAUCCGCAAAAUCGCAUAAGAUCUUUAUUUGGAAUGGGCUGGGUGCGUCUAGCUUCGAAAAAAAUGCGGCCAAUGAACGCUUUGCCCACUACUGGAACGAUGCUGACGUGGAGGUGGUCGAAGAGGGUGCAGAGCCCGAGGAAUUCUGGGAGGAGCUGAAUGGCGAGGGCCAGUACGAUCGCAGCCUGGACGACCAUGGAGCUCCCCUGCUGGAGCCGCGUCUCUUCCACUGUCGUCUGACCCGCAAUGGAUUUGUAAAGGUCGAGGAAGUGGCUAAGUACGAACAGGAGGACCUGGACACCGACGAUGUCAUGUUGCUGGAUGCCGGCGAUGAAAUCUAUCUGUGGGUCGGCUCUGGAGCCACCGCCGAGGAGAACAGCAAGAUUGUAGACAUGGCAAAGCGCUACAUCCGUGUGGAGCCCACUGCCCGCACCAUCGACACCUUGACCAUUGUGCGCGUCGCCCAGGGCCAGGAGCCACGCGCCUUCAAGCGUAUGUUCCCGAGCUGGGAGGACAACUACUGGCAGACAUUGCCUUCCUACGAGGACGUCAAGCAGCAAGUGCUUGAUGCUAACAAUGAGGUCUAGGAAACUCGAAUGGAAUCUCAGCAAAAUUUACCAAAUACCUUUUUGUUUUUACCCUUUGAAAACGUGUAUCGUAUGUAACUCUAUAAAAAAUUGAAAAAAUGUA